CAGAAACCGUACAUUCUGCAGGCCGCUGGGUGCAGCUGAGGCCGACAUGGCACCUCGCGGUGUGGGGCUCCUGGCAGCGCUCCUCAUCCUGGCGCUGUGUGCCCUGGUCAGGGGCGACAAACCUUCCCCCUGCCAGUGCUCUCGGAUGAACCCCCACAACAGGAAGAACUGCGGCUUCCCAGGGAUCACCAGCGACCAGUGCUUCAACUCUGGAUGCUGCUUCGACUCCACUGUUCCUGGAGUCCCCUGGUGUUUCAACCCUCUCCCAAUGCAAGAGUCUGAAGAGUGUGUGAUGGAGGUCUCAGCACGCAGGAACUGUGGCUACCCGGGCAUAAGCCCAGAGGACUGUGCCUCCCGCAACUGCUGUUUUUCUGACGUCAUCCCAGAAGUGCCCUGGUGCUUCUUCCCGCAGUCUGUGCAAGACUGUCAUUACUAGGAGGUGCUGGCUUCAGAGACCCCACUGGCUCGUGGACAUUCAGGAAUAAGAAGAUUCACCAUCUUAUCAGCUUCGUAUUUCAUGAAUUCCUGGGUUUUAAAUUUCUUUUAAUCCUUUUUAGUGAUUUAACACACAAUUUCUUCAAAUAAAGAAAACCCUUAACAUCUGCCAAA